ACGGGGUCGUACUUUGCGUGUGUUUCACAAUCACUUCACGAAAGAAUCGGUGUUUUGGCGUGCGUUUUCGAUGCAGCUGCACAUCGACAACUACUCCAGGUACGGUUGAGGAUGCCGUACACUAGCUGCGCUUGCCGGUAGUAGCGGCUCGGCUACUACAAUCGUGGUGCCUCAUUCCGGGAGGCGGAAUUCAACCAUCAGCAGCUGCUGCUCAUCUGAUAAAACCAGCCCACAUCAUCCUCACAUCCCGUUCAUCCGUGUCGCCGUCCGUACGUGUUGAGUAUGUGCUAAAACUUUCACCGCAUCCGCAUUCUAUCGGUCGUGAGAUUUGUUCGGUCUCUUUGGUUGGUGUUUCUUGCGGUCGCAGCCAAAACUGUUUGUAUACACGGUUCGGUUUGCUGUUGGUCUUCGUUUUGUUGUUCUGCAGUCCACUUUCUGGUAGGUGGGUGCAUACCUGUGGGGCUCCUCCGCACAAAAUAACCCGCAUCAUCGGACGGGGGGUUGAAUCUGGCAAAGUGACGGUUUUCUCUUCGGCUUUUGAUCAGCAAUUCCUGGGAGGAAUAGGCCGCUAAGAAAAGAUAUCACGCUGUCAUCCUGUCGGUCAGAUUGGAAAUCAUCCAGUUCAACAGCAAAAUAAUUCAACAGGCACGCGAGAAGGGUGCAAGUGCAAAUCGGCCUUUGAAGUUGCGGUUGGCCUUCAGUUCGGUGCGACAGUGUUAGAUAAUAUGAGGAUAGUACAACGUAUCAUGUGAGAUUCGAAGUGCGAUUCUCGGGUUAAUCGUUUCCCCCCCGUCGGGAUGCUGCCGGAUUGUUGGAUUUCGCCAUAUUCCUACGCCACCAACGCUGCAACGGAAGGCCUCGCCGAAUGGAACAAUUGCCCUCGAACAAAAACAAUCUACAAAGGCUGCGCAAACAACAACUACACAGACGCACACACACACACACUGAAAAUCCAACAGAGACUGCCCGCGAGAGAGCAAAUUUCCCAUUUCCGGCAAAUUCCAUCCGGACGAAUGUAGGAGGGUGUGUUUGGCAGCGUGUUUAGUGCAUACCGGAUGUGAAACAGCAUCUCAACAGCAAAAUCGACAGCUUUGCCUUGUGUUUUUUUGUUGCGCAUCUCCUCCCCCAUUCGGUGCACCUUCCGUGGAAUUGAGCCGUGAAAAUGAACGGUAAUGGAGCAUGCACCUCGCCGGAGGAAAUAGCGGAAAAUCGCGAAGCACUGCAAGAAUGGCGAACGCGAAGCUUGAAUGCACCGUCACCGUUUCAACAGUUUGGACCAUGCGGUCGGAUUAUGAAAAAUUCUGCGAUGGUUAUGCAAAUUCAGGAUCCGGCCAGCCAACGGUUGACGUGGUACAAGCCGCCGCUGGCGGUGCUGGUCAUUAAGAAGGUGCGCGACUCGAAGGUGCUGCAGCCGUUCGUGGAGCUGGUGGAGUGGCUGAUCCACGAGAAGCACAUGGUCGUGUGGGUGGAAGCGGCCAUCCUCGACGAUGCGUUGCUGACGGGCGAUAAGCGCUUCACCAAGCUGCAGGACAAGCUGAUCACGUUCAAGGACGGACGGGACGAUCUGACGGACAAGAUCGAUUUCAUCAUCUGCCUCGGAGGCGAUGGGACGCUCCUGUACGCAUCGCUCCUGUUCCAGAAGUCCGUCCCGCCCGUCAUGGCAUUCCAUCUGGGGUCGCUCGGGUUCCUGACUCCGUUCCAGUUCGACAACUUCCAGGAGCAGGUGACGAACGUGCUCGAGGGCCACGCGGCCCUCACGCUCCGUAGUCGGCUGCGGUGCAUAAUCGUGCGCAAGGAUAAGACGGAACAGGAGAUAUCCACCUUCAAAUCGUCUCAGGAUCCAUCGACCAACAUUCUGGUGCUAAACGAGGUCGUCAUCGAUCGGGGUCUCUCGUCCUACCUGAGCAACAUCGAUCUGUUUCUGGACGGGAAGCAUAUCACCUCGGUGCAGGGCGAUGGGCUGAUCGUGUCGACACCAACCGGCAGCACGGCCUACUCGGCGGCCGCCGGUGCCUCGAUGAUUCACCCGUCCGUACCAGCGAUCCUCGUGACACCGAUCUGUCCCCAUUCGCUCAGCUUCCGACCGAUCGUACUGCCAGCGGGUGUGGAACUGAAGAUUGCAAUUUCACCGGACAGUCGAAACAGCUCGUGGGUGUCGUUCGAUGGUCGGAAUCGUCAGGAGUUGCUACACGGUGAUAGUCUACACGUGACCACAUCCAUCUACCCGGUGCCAAGCAUAUGCGCUCAGGAUCAGAUAGCGGACUGGUUCGAUUCGCUCGCCGAGUGUCUGCACUGGAACGUGCGCAAGCGGCAAAAGUGUCUGGACGAGCUGUCGGACCUCACCGGAUCCGGUACGGAGGAUAGCGCGAUCGAAGAUAUUGUGCGCGGUAUGGAGAAUCUGGAGAACUGAACGUGCGUGUUCUUGAGCAACGGCAAAAAGGGAGACGAAAGCAAGUCCACUUCUCCAGGGAUUGCACAAGGUGGAUUAGAUCUACGAAAAGGAGAGGUUAAUUGGAGCGCACCAAUGAGAACAUAAAUCAACCAAGAUGUUGACAACCAACUGAUCGUGAAAGCAAUCGAAGGAGUGAACGGAGAAAGGAGAGGUGGGGUUUCUCUGUUGAAGGAAUCGGCAAAGCAUGGUACGGGCCUCACUGAGAGAGAUGUUGAACAUCUUGAGCCGUGUUUGCGAAAUUGAUCCCUCUUCUGCACAGCUUUCCCAUGUUUUUUUUUUUAUUUUAAUUUAUACACAUCAUUUGCAUGGCGUAACUUCUUCCGGGUCUUUGAUAUCAUGCAACAAAGAAUCCGAAUUUUCGGCUUUGUUUUCGUUGUCCAUUUAUAGUUGACCCACUUUUUGCCGUUCGUCUAUCGGUCUAUACUCGCUAUGGCUCAUUUAGAACGCCAGGAAAGAAAAUUGUUAAUCCCCGUGUGUUUGGGAUUGGUUAAUGUUUGAGGGUUUGAUAUGUAAUCAGUUACCAACUGUGAACUCGAAGAUAUGUUCAGUACGCGUUUUGCGAGGAUUGAAAGUGGUGGAUGUUUUAAAAAAAAAAUCUUUUAAAUUAUUAUUUCCUUCGCCGAGGAACGAACCACCUUGGUUGAGUUGAAUGGAAAG